UCCUGGGAGCUCCGUCAUCAGCGGAUUCAGUGUUGAUAUCUGUUGUUGUUUAUUUUGAUAGCUAGCACGACCAGUGCAGUUGUUUUCCUAAUUUGUGAUCGAAAAUGUUGUUAACAAUCGCUCUUGAUUGUUUGGAAUGAUCUUGUCCUUUUUUGGGACAGGAGAAAACCUGUAAUUUGUAACCAUGACAACAGCCGCUGCUCUACAGAUUGGAGAUCAGCUGAUCCUGGAAGAGGACUAUGAUGAGAACUAUAUCCCCUCUGAACAAGAGAUCCACGAGUACGCAAGAGAGAUUGGCAUUGAUCCCGACAGGGAGCCGGAGCUCCUCUGGCUGGCCAGGGAAGGCAUUGUGGCCCCACUGCCUCCUGAAUGGAAACCAUGUCAGGACGUGACGGGGGACGUGUACUACUUCAACUUCUCCUCGGGCCAGUCCACCUGGGACCACCCCUGUGAUGAGCAAUACCGCAGCCUGGUGAAGCAGGAGCGCGAACGGACCGGCGCCCAGCCCCGCGGGCCCCCCGCCACUGCCGCUAAAAAGGAGAAGAAGAAGAAGAAAGACAAGAAGGAGAAGAAGAAGGAGAAAAAGAAGGAGAAAGACCCAGAGCUCCUGAAGCCACCAGGAGUGAGUGGGCCUGUUUAUGUUAUUAACACAAUGACACAGUGACUCAUAGAUACCUUGGCACAUUGUAUUUCCGCUGUGUGUAGAUACCUGGAGCUCCA